AUGCCAGUACAAACUAGAAGACAAAAAUUAUUAUCUCCUUCAUCACCUUCCGAUGAUACAAGGUCAUCAAAUACAACAACAGCAAAUACCGAGGCAAAUGCUACUUCUUCUUCCUCAACCACAUCAACAACCAAUGAUGAAACAUCUAAUAGUACAACAACAAAUGCCUCCUCUUCUAAUACAUUAUCAUCAGCCUCAUCAUUAAUUUCAAACAUUUUAAAAACACCAGUAAAGGAACGUCAAAAACGUAAGAAAAUUGAUAAAACGAAGAAUAAUCAAUCUAAAAGUGUAAAUGAAGACUUGACUGCAAAUACCGAACCAGAGGAAGAAGAAAAGAUUAUUAAAACACCUGUUAGAUCUAGGCUUCAAUCAUCAAGGAGAAGAAAAAAAGUAGAACAACCAAAGGCUUCCUCUUCUUCAUCUAAACAGGAAGAUGAAAAUAGUUCUGAACAUGAAGAACAAACAGAAUUAGAACCAUCAACAAACAACAAGAUGAAUCAUCAAAAUAAGGAAAUUUCAAAGCCUUCAAGCGAUGAACAAUUAAUUAAUGAUUCAAGUAAUGAAAAUUCGGAAGAAAAAAUUGAAAAUGAAAAUUCAAAGCCUUCAAAUGAUGAAGAAUUAAUUAAUACAACAGAAAUAUCAUCAACACCAACUACAAUUGAAACUACUAUAAAUAAUAAUGCUAGUAAUAUGGUAGAAUCAGUAUCGGAAUCAACAAGUUUGGAAAAUUCUAAGGAAAUUAAUAUAACAAGUAUUCAAUCUAUAAUUAGACAAUAUAAUUCAAUUCAUGAAAUGGAUAAACAAGUUGAACAUUUAAUUUCAUUACAAAAUUUAUGUAAAAAUUAUUUGGAACGUAAAAAUUUAGACGAUGAAAAAUUCAAUAAACAAGAAGAACAAGUAGAAAAUACUGAUCAUGUGAUUAUAGAGGAGUUGAAUGAACAAGUAGUAGUAAAUAAUAAUAUUGAUAUAGUGAAAAAUGAAGAUGAAUUGAAUGAAAUUAAAUUUGAUGAUGAUAAUGAAUCUAAUAAUAAUAAUAAUACUACCAUUAUUGAAUCUGAAAAUUCAUUAAAGAGAAACAGAGAAGAAUAUGAAAGUGAAUCAACAAUACCAACAAUAGAAGAAGAAUUUGCUAAAGAAAGUAAAAUUAUUAAUAUUGAUAGUAAUAUUAAUACUACUGUAACAUCACCUACAACAACAACAAUUGAAAAAGACGAAGAAUCAAUUGAAUCAUCAUCUAAUAUUGUUAAUGAUAAUAAUAAUGAAGUGGAUAAAGAAAUUCCAAUAUUAUCGCCUCCAUCGGUCGUAGUAGAAGAAGAAGUAAUAGCUCACUCUACAACUGAAGAACAAGUAGUUGAAGGGCAAGUUGUUGAUAAUGAAGAACAAGUAGCAGAAGAGCAAGUUGUUAUUGAAAAUGAAACUGAUGAAACUCCUGAAAUGGUUGAUAGUGAAGAUGAAACUCCAGAGACAACUACUGAACAAAUUGUUGAAUCUAAAUCGGAACAACAAGAAAGUGAUGAUGAUAUCAUUGUAGAACAGGAACCAAAGGUUAUUGAGGAAUCUUCAGAGGAAGACAAUGAACUUGAAAAUAUUAUUGAAGAACAAGAACCAAAGAUUAUUGAAGAAUUCUCUGAAGAAGAGAAUGAUCAAACAGAUGAAAUUGAUGAAAUCAUUAAGGAAAUAACAAGUGCAACAAAUGAAGAUAUUGAAGCAAACAUAUCUGAAUCACCAUUAUCAGAUUCAUCAUCUUUAAGUGAUAAUAGUCAAACGAAACAAUCAGAGAAAGAAGAAGAAGAGGAGGAUAAUAUUCUUGAUGUAAUUGAUGAUAUUAGUACAGGCGAAGUAGCACAAGCAAUUACAACAACAACAGAAGAUGUAUUAGAAGAAUUGGGUGAUGAUAGUAUUAUAGAGUCAUCAAUGGUUGUAAAUAUUGAUAAUAGUAUGAAUCAUAAGAAUGAUUUGAAUAAUACUAAUAAUAAUUCUAAUAAUAAUACUGCUAAUAAUAAUAAUAUUGAUAAUAAUAAUAAUAAUAUAUUAACAGAUAUUAGUAGUAUUAGUAAUAUAGCAUCAUCAAAUGAGUUUGAAAGUAAUAAUAAUUUAUUAAAAUAUUUCAAUGAAGAAUUAAAACAAGUGGAAGAUGUACAAGAUGAUGAACAAGUGGAUGAAAAAGAUUUAUUUGAUACUUCUACAUGUAGAGUUUUAGAUUUUGAACCUUUAAUUAAAAAACAAAAAGAGGAAACUCAAAAGAUUUUACUUGAUAUUGAUGAUAAAAUUACAGAUGAUGAAAUUAAGAAUCAAAUUGAAAUUUUAAAUCAACAAGAUUUAGCAAUUGAACAAAUUCAAAAUGAUUGGAUUCAAAAGAAAUCAACUAUUGAUAAUAAUAAUACUAUUAUUACAAAUAAUAAUAAUAUGAAUGAUAUUAGUAGUACUAAUUCACCAAAAGUAAUUACUAGAAGAAAUUCUGAAUUUGAUAUUUCAAAAUUAGAUUUAAUUGGAACACCUAAAACAAUUCCAUCAACAAAAGAAUUGGGUUUAUUUUCAAUGUUUUCACCAUCACCUCUUUCAAAACCAUCAUUUAAUACUCGUAAUACUAGAAAGGAAGAUAGUUUUAUUUUAUCACCAAGUAUUUCUAAAUUAGUUUCAAAUAGAAUGAUGAUUAAUAGUUCAACAACAACUAGAACACAAAAACAAUCAAAUGAUUUAUCAUCCUCAUCUUUAUUACUUUCACCUAAGAGUAGAAUUUCAAAGAGAGAACAAACACCAAUGAAAACAUCAUCAAAUUUAGAUUCAUCUUUUAUUUCACCUGUUCCAUUAUUAAAUUCAUUGAGUUCAAUAAGUGAAAGUUCUAUAACACCAACCAAGUCAAAUAUUAGUUCAAUUUCAAAUCAAUCAUUAAUUAAUACACCAACAACUAGAAAUAAUACAUUAAUGAAUCAAUUAAAUCAAUUAGGAAAACGUAAAUUUGACGAUUUUGAAUUCCCAACAGAAGUUAGUUCACCAAGUUAUAAUUCCAAAUUAAAAUUAUUGAAAAGAGAUAAUCAGAAUAAUUCAUUGAAAUGGGCUGAUAUGAAUGAAUCAACAAGAAAGGAUUUAAUUGCAGAUGAUUUUAAUCCAAAAUUAUUCUCUCCAUCUCAAUCAACAACAAUAGCUGCACAAUCCAAUAAUACGAACAUGAUAAGAAAAUCAAUUCUCAAAUUUUCAGCUCCUUCCUCAUCGAUAAGCUCUUCAUCACAGGAAAUUAUCAAAUUCAAUCCAUUACCAGUACUCAGACCAAGUAAUCCAUCACCACAAGUUCCAAAGCAAAAGACUAUUCAAUUUAUUAAAGAUUAAAUCAUUUCUUCAA